AUGAAUUUGCAGACCAGACAAAUGAGGAGUUUAAGGCCUCUCGCAAUGGAUAAAAGAUGCCAUCCAAUCCAAAGACAAAUGAAAGCUACAUCGUUCAAGUAUGAAAAUGUGACUGUAGUACCAGCUAGCAUGGACUGGAGGAAGAAAGGAGCUGUUACACCUAUUAAGGAUCAAGGUCAAUGUGGAAGUUGCAGGGCAUUUUCAACGAUAGCAGCCACAGAAGGGAUUACAAAACUUACAACUGGUAAAUUGAUCUCACUGUCCGAGCAGGAACUAGUGGACUGUGAUAGAAGUGGUGAAGAUGAAGGAUGUGAGGGUGGCUACAUUGAAGAUGGGUUCAAAUUUAUCGUCAAAAACAAAGGCAUUGCCACUGAAGCAAUUUAUCCAUAUCAGGCAACCGAUGGAACCUGCAACACUAAGGAAGAAGCUUCCCAUGCUGCCAAGAUCAAGGGUUAUGAGAAUGUGCCUAUCAAUAGUCAGAAGGCACUGCUGAAGGCCGUGGCCAAUCAACCAGUUUCAGUUUCCAUUGAUGCAAGCGGAGCUGCGUUCCAGUUUUACUCAAGCGGGGUUUUCACAGGAGAUUGUGGAACCGAUCUAGACCAUGGUGUUAUGGCAGUUGGAUAUGGAACAACUGCUGAUGGCACCAAGUAUUGGUUAGUCAAGAAUUCAUGGGGCACCACUUGGGGAGACAAAGGGUACAUCAUGAUACAAAGAGAUAUUGGUGCCAAAGAAGGCCUUUGUGGGAUUGCCAUGGAUUCUUCCCAUUCAAUAGCUUAG